AUGGCGCUGACGUUGGGAACGAUCCUUUAUGUGGUCAUCCUUCUCAUCAAUGCCAUGGCGGUUCUCAGCGAGGACCGCUUCCUCGCACGCAUUGGCUGGUCAUCCGUACCACCACCAACUGUAACAGCCGGCUUCUCACAAUCCUACGCGGCAUACGACCAGGCAGGCUAUGCAGCCCAGCAGGAUGUCGGGAUGAAAGCACGUCUCAUAAAUCUCAUUAGCGCAGUACGGACCUUGAUGCGAAUACCCUUGAUCGGGGUGAACCUCAUUAUCAUCAUAUACGAGCUGAUUCUCGGUCAUUGA